GAAUUACUCUCAAAUUUACUAAAACAAGAGAUUUUCGCCCUAUCAUUGGUGUUUGAAAGAUAUGGGGUUAUUGUCUGUGAAAAUGUUGAUACCGGUAUUUUGAUUUUGAUUCGUUCUCAAUCGUGGGUUGUUAAUUGGUUUGAGAACAUGAUUUUGAAUUUUUCUACGAAAACAAAAUGAAUUUGCUUUGGUUUACAUUCUUAAACAUGGGAUGCGUGUACUUAAAUUUGUAAUCGACUAAACGACUGAAUUCAUAUAAAUUAUUGAUAUUUAGCAUUCAAUAAAACGGUUGACAGCGACUACAUUUGACUGUUUAUGCAUUUCACGGAUCAAAUGUAUACAUGUCUAUUACAUGUUAUUGUUUAAUAACAUGUUGGGCGCAAUAGUACUUUAUUGCAAAUUUAAAUUAGCGCAUACAUAUUUGAAGAAACGAUAUUGUAAGUGAAUCUAAUUACUGGUUAAAACCAUCGCCAAACAGUUAGAAAGGAAUAAUAAACCGCAGACAAAAAUAUCGCGAUUAUAGAUCAACAUGGCUUGCCUCAGUGCAAAAGCGCGCGCGUUUUUCGUUGAUGAAUUGUUAAACAAUAAGCAGCAAGCAAGGGAGGCCGCGGACGCUGCUGAAAUUCUGAGCCAAAUGGGCGAUUCUAUUGAAGCGACAGUCAGGGAGCGACUUGUGAAUGAUAUAAACCUUAGAGGAGAUUCAAGGGACGGAUGUCCGCCUAAUCCAUCGAUGGAACCAUGCGACUCUACUGAUGAGCUUCUGGUUCCCCAUGAAAGACGCGCUCGGACACUGGUUGCGGACACUCCCAACACAGUUGACAAAAGUGGUGAGGAGACGCGAAAAGGAAUUCAUGGUCGGCACUCCCGUUACCAGGACGCAGAGUCUCUGUGCGCUUCCAUGGGUGAAGAGUCGGGAUGCGCCCAUCAGACCGUAGUGGAAACGACGGACAAACAUGGUGACGUCAUCAAGAUGGAGUUGUGUCAAGGUGAACUCUGGCAGGCAUUUCACUCACUCGGGACAGAGAUGAUCAUCACUAAGACUGGAAGACGCAUGUUUCCCGCGCUUCGGAUCCGGGUUUCCGGUUUGAAGAAACUCACGAAGUACCGGGUCGCCAUGGAUUUUGUGCCUGUGGACAAGCACAAGUACAGAUACGUGUACCACAGCUCCCGAUGGAUGGUAGCUGGCGUGGGUGACUCACUGAAGGGGAACCAGUCGUACGAACAUCCGGAAUCCCCGAUGGCGGGGGAGGUGCUCAGCGCGCAGGUAGUCUCCUUCGAGAAGAUCAAACUCACCAACAACGAGGCUCCCGCGCCCGGCCAGAUAUCCCUACUGUCGAUGCAGAAGUUCCAACCGCGCAUCACUAUCACAGACAAGGGCGACAGUUCGUGCAGCGUUUCCGUUACGUUCCCUCAGACAUCUUUCAUCGCAGUCACCGCGUACCAAAACCAGGAGAUUACCCGUUUGAAGAUCGCACGGAAUCCAUUUGCAAAGGGUUUUCGAGAAGCAGGCAAAUGCAGAAGUUCUCUGGAAGCCAUGAUGGCCAGCUUUGGAGUUGUUCUUGACGGCAGAAAGAACUUAACACCUCCGCUCAAAAGGAAACUGUCCGAGAUGGACGAGGAAUGCACAGAUGCAAAGUCCACAGACAAUCACGUUUCAAUAUCUGCUAGCCAAUCGUCCUACUCGACACAUAACUUGGCAUGUCUAAAUAUAUCCGGGAGCUGCUAUUCAGGGUCACCAUCUAUACCAACAUUGUACCCGGCGUUUCGCGGACCCGUUUCAACUCAGGGCUUGCAAACCAACAAAAAAUCGACCAGCCCUCUUUCAACGUUAUCAGCAGGCUUCGAUUAUACGAAACAGGGAAUGCGUCCAGUUUUCAUCUCAAACCAAACAUUACCGGUCUAUGUUCCCUCCACGCGAAUACAGGAAGUGCAUCCAGCAUUCAGACUGUCUUCGUUCGCCCAUAUUGAUCCACUUAUUCUGGACGCUUAUUACAAAAGUUUACUAUCAUACCCGUCUAUGCAAAAUAAUAUGAUGUUUUCUCAAUCAGUGAAAUCAGUCAACCACAGCGACACGAAACACGAUAAGUUCGGACACAGUGUGUCAAAUGCCUUUGAUUCAAUACACGAUGACAGAGAAAUUGUUUUAAACUUAUGUACAACGUAACAUUGCUCGUCUUAAAAUAUAUAUUUCGAAUGUA